UAGAAAAUGACGCUUUCAGGUGUAAACAGGUAAAUGGACAAGUCCGGGUGAGAAAAAAUGGACGUGAACGACGAUAAGAAUACGGGUAAAUCUGAAAGCAAGGAGGACGAUGAAUUCGAGGAUAUUCAACUCGAGGUUGACACACAUUUAGCGAAAUAUUCAACAGAUCAUAAAGGUCCUAGUUCAAAGGAAAACGGGGAACCUCAUAAUAAUGUCAUUAGUGAUCAACCUGUCGACGCCCUACCCCCGCCGUCAUACGUCAGUGACGUCACAGUUCACAAUAUGGACGCACCUGUGGUUCGACAGGGACCACUGAAACCCAAGCCAAAAGACUACGUAGUGACGUCAUGUUUUGUCUUAUUAUGUUGUAAUUUCAUUUUUGGACUAUUAGGGUAUCACUUCGGAGUUCAAGCAAAUCAUGCGUGGCAACUUGGAGACGAAAUGUCCUCCCGGAGGCGCGCCAAGAUGGCGCUGAUUUUCGUCAUUUGUGGAGUCAUUGCAGGACUAGUCACUUAUAUUCUGGCUUUUACUUUGUAUUUUACUCUGAAUAACAACGAACCUGUGAACUAUCACCAUUCUAAUACACAAGCAGGAUAAGUGACUUGCUCGAGUCAAAGUACAUUAGCUUUCUUAAAGUGCAGUUGACAUAUCAAACUAACUGUAUAGGCAAGGGGUAUUAUCAGGGUGAUGUCGAUAUUCGAAACUAUAUUUAAUUAGCUGCACAUAGAUUUAAACAUGUUGUCAAAUUGAAAUUUUAGAAUUCUUUUUCUUAUGCAGUCACAGUUUUUAAACAAAAAACA